AGCAUUUGUGGUUGCAAUUUGAAGAUUUUCUUUAAGAGACGGACCACUUUUCACAUGCAACCAGUUUAUAACUGUAUAUAAACCUCCCAUUUUCUGAGCACCCUGUGGUUUUCGGCAAGCACCAUCGCAAUGGACUGGUACUCUUGGUUAUCAAAAACUGCUCUUGAGCCCUCGCUUGUCUAUGAGUAUAGCCUUGCCUUUUCUCAAAAUGAGCUAGAAAAGGAGGACUUAGCGUCCUUCAACCAUGAGUUUCUUCAGAGCAUGGGAAUUUCAGUUGCCAAGCAUAGGCUGGAGAUUCUCAAGCUCGCUAGGAAGGAAACCGGAGAAGCCCCUAACAGCCUUGCCAAGCUCAUUUUGGCAAUCAACAAGACAAGAAAGUGCGUCAACAAGUAUGUUAACAAGUUGGUUCAUCAGGAGAAUCACGCGAUUAAGCCGUUUCCGGAAUCGGUUUGUCAUCAAGAUCAAUGGAGAGUGGCACUGACGUUGUCACGGAAGGCCAAGAACAAAAAGGAGCUGAUGAAGAUAGAGCAGCCAGUGGUGAGAACAAGGAAGGUUGCAAAAUCCGGUCCCUUGGAUUACAGAGGACAAGACAAGUUGUUGGUCCCUCCUAGAAGCUUGAAAUUAUCAGGACCUCUUGAUAGAAAAAUGCAGGAGAAGGUGAUAUUCAAUUACAGAAGCCCCAUCACUUCUGAUCCUGCUGAUAUUGCAAUGGCAGCACAAGAGAGGUUGAUGCUCACAAAUGGCUGUAGGAGCCCAAAACUCUCUGUACCUCUUUGUUUUGUAAGAACUCCAAGCCCAAAGAUUUACGGCGAUCACUACAAACAAGAAAAAGCAGGUGAGGACUAUGAUGAUCAAACAUUGUGGGCAGAACUUUUUCAGGACAUGAAACCCACUUGAUCAUGUCUGAGGAAUCUUUCUUACUUUUGUUGGCUAAGUCGAGUCAUGCUCAUUCAAAGGUAACAACUGCCUUUUUUAUGCAUGUGAAUCUGAUAUAAGGUUAGUACUUGCUAGCACUGGACUGUUUGUAUUCUUUCUGGAUUCAUGUAUCCUAAAGUUUCUA